AUGCCUGCGAGGAUAUCCCCUCGUAGCAGCCGCUUUGUUUGCGCGCAAUGCCGUCACGCCCUGACCUCGACGCAAAGACGGCGAUUCUUAUCGACCAGCACAACCCAACCUGAGAUCUACGAUGUCGUAACAGUAGGCGGCGGGCCCGCCGGCUUGGCUCUUCUUGCAGCUCUAAAAUCAUCACCCGUAACAUCACAUCUGAAAACGGCCUUGAUCGAAACCCAAGACCUCAGCAAACUCCGUGCAUGGACCUCUCCGGACGAUAAAUACUCCAACCGCGCAAGUAGCUUGACACCGUCAUCGGUCUCAUUCCUCGAGUCGACCGGCUCCUGGAGCCAUGUGGACCAAUCCCGCGUGCAAGCGUACGACGAGAUGCAAGUCUGGGAUGCGGCCAACGACGCAGCCCUCCAGUUCGACUGGGGCGCCGAGACGAAAAGGUACAAUGCACCGCCGAGGACCGUGGCGACCAUGACCGAGAAUGCGAAUCUCACGAGAGGUCUUCUCGCGCGGAUUGCCGAACUCGACGCAGAGACGUCGCUCUUCUCGAAUACCAGUGUAUCUUCUAUCACGCACGGGGCGGACGACCCAGAGGGACUCGACUUGUCAACCUGGCCGGUAUUAAGUCUGCAAGCGAACACCCCGUCGUCAUCGAAUACGCCGCUGUCGUCUACAUCAUCUAUUGCCGCUCGCCUGCUCGUCGGCGCCGAUGGCUUCAACUCUCCUGUGCGCACCUUCGCGGGCAUAUCCUCGCACGGAUGGGACUACGACCGGCACGGCGUCGUCGCGACGCUUACAACCCAGCCGGCAGAAGACAGCAUCCACGCCACCUCGCCGGACUUUGACCUCUUCUCCGACGACCCGCUCCCCAACCGCGCAACGGCGUACCAACGCUUCCUCCCAGCUCUAGGCGGACCCAUCGCCGUGCUACCACUACCCGACAACCACGCCAGCCUCGUGUGGUCCACCACGCCCCAGCACGCAAGCUACCUGAAAUCACUUGCCCCCGCGGCUCAAGUGGCCAUGAUCAACGCAGCAUUGCGCCUCGACCAGACAGACAUCGCGUACAUGCUCACACUAAACGCGUCGUCCGCCCAUCCCCACAACCAUCAAGACGAACUAUCCUGGCGAUUGCAACAUACUCGCCUGAGUAGCGCUCGCCCUUUGCCAACAAUAACGAGCAUCCAAGAAGGGACACUCGCCUCGUUCCCGCUCCGCUUCCGCCACGCCUCGGCGCUCACAGCCCAUCGCACGGCCCUGAUCGGCGACGCCGCGCACACGGUGCACCCGCUCGCGGGGCAGGGGUUGAACCUGGGUCUCGCGGACGCGGCGGCGCUUGCCAGCACGAUCGCCUACGCGGUCGAUCACGGCAUGGACAUUGGCGACGGGUUCGCCCUGCAGAGGUACAACGCCGAGAGGUUCGGUCGGGGCCUGCUCAUGGCCGGCGGCGUCGACGCGUUGAACUGGAUGUAUCAGGUCGGCGGAGGUUCGGCGGAGGGCGGCAUGCUCGGUGCGUUGGCCGGGCGGGUCCGAGGCUUGGGCAUGAAGAUGGUGGGCGCGGUGCCUGGGUUGAGAGAGGUCAUCAUGAGGCAGGCGAGUUGA